AGCUGGGCAGAUCGCCGGCUGCAAUCUACCAAUAGAGGCAUGCAGAAAGGAGUCAAUCAUGGCAGCGGAAGGACAAUGCACUGUGAAUGACUUCAUGUCCUAACUUGUAAACUGGUCAUUUCAGCUGGAGUUUUUAACUUCUUAUUUAACUUAAAAAAAAUAUAUAUAUAAUAUCAAUUUUAAAUAUUUAUCUACUGCAGCUCGUCAUUGAGACUAUUAAUUGCAGACGGUCCCAGAGUCGGUGAAGGAUCAUGACUUUGUUUGGUGUUUGAUUUACUCUCUCGGAAAUCCUGGGGUCUCCAUUGAAAAUUUCGUGAGCACUGCGCAAGUCGGCCGGCCGGUCCGAGGCUGUUGAGGAGGCGCUGCGUAAUGGAGCACUGUCCCGUGACCCAGUACGAGCCCGUGGCGGAGAUCGGGGGAGGAGCCUACGGCACCGUCUACAAGGCCCGAGACUCGCGGAGCGGCAAGUUUGUGGCUCUCAAAAACGUGAGGGUUCACCGGGACGAAGAGGGCCUACCCGCCUCCACGGUCAGGGAGGUGGCUCUGCUCAAACGGCUCGGACGCUUUGACCAUCCCAACAUUGUCAGGUUGUACGACGUGUGCGCAACCACGAGGGCGGACCGAGAAGCCAAAGUCACUCUGGUGUUUGAGCACGUUGACCAGGAUCUGAAAACCUACCUGGAGAAGGCCCCGUCGCCUGGACUACCAGCCGAGACUGUGAAGGAUCUCAUGAGGCAGCUGCUGAACGGCCUGGUGUUUCUGCAUUCCCACGGCGUAGUGCACCGCGAUCUGAAGCCCGAGAACAUCCUGGUGACCAGCCGAGGCCAGGUGAAGCUGGCUGACUUUGGCCUGGCUCGCAUCUACAGCUGCCAAAUGGCACUGACUCCGGUGGUGGUGACGCUGUGGUACCGUGCCCCAGAAGUACUCCUGCAAUCUACCUAUGCCACCCCCGUCGACAUGUGGAGCACUGGCUGCAUCUUUGCUGAGAUGUUUUGCAGAAGGCCCUUGUUUUGUGGGAAAUCAGAAGUUGACCAAUUAGGAAAGAUUUUUGACAUGACAGGGCUCCCAGCAGAGGAGGACUGGCCAGAGGACGUGACCCUGCCACGAAGUGCCUUCACCAACCGGCCUCCACAGUUGGUAACGAACUUUAUACCCGAAAUCGAUGACUUGGGAGCAAGCCUGCUGCUGGAACUGCUGACAUUCAGCCCGAUGAAAAGAAUCUCUGCCUUCAAGGCCCUGGAACAUCUUUAUUUCCUCGGUCAAAGCCCGGAGGUUUAAGACGACCCAUUGCGACCUGUGGAAAGUAAACUGUAAACAGCUUUGCCUGCUUAUCCACACUGGGGUACCACAGCAGUGCGCAGCUGCCUUACGGAUGUGUGCUGCAGGAAGGGGAUUUGGGGGGGGGGGGGGGGGGGGGGGGGGACGAUGUGUGUAAGAUGAGAACAAAAUUAAGCUUUAACCAUCAGAAGAGUUUUCCAGAAUUAGCUCUGUUGAUCUGUGAAGCUGGUUUCCUUGGGCAGAAGCCAGCAGAUGGCAGUGUGGCACUGGUUUGGGGCUUGUGGUCUGUCUGUUUUGCUAUGACACCGUUUUCUUGAUGUGUCUCGGUUUGUCUGUGUGCUGGUCCUUGCCGUUGCACGAGGGCUGGGAAUUUGGUGUCAUCUCUACCUCCUUCCCCCUCCUCCCGAGAGAGAGAGAGAGAGAGAGGUAGCCCUGCACCCUUGCCCCAAAUCAUCCAACCAAAUCCCUCUAAUUGGGAGGCUGAGGCAUCUGCAAGUAAACUCCUUCAUGGCUAGAGGGAUGGGCGUUUUAAGUGUAACUCUAUACUGCCUGCCACUGGGGCUUUUUAACCCCAGGGAAGGGAAAGUAAUUAAUUUCAUCCUUGUAUCUCCACCCUUCCUUCCAGAUGCACACAACUGUAGCUGUCUGCCAGUGUAUUGAAUUUAAAAGAGCAUUGCCCCAUUUCCUUAAGAUCCUAAUGGACUAAUGUCAGGAAAAUGUCUUCUCUGGUGGCGUGUCUAUUGGCUGCGUUCAAGCAACGUGUUCACUUCUGUGACUGUCGGUUGGUGACCAGACAUAAAAAGUCCAUGACUGUUCUUGCUCUUCCCUAUUUGGUUGUUGUGUUUCUGUGGCGCCUUUCACCCCACUUCGGGAUGCACUUGCCACGAUCUGUGCAUGUGAGACGUCCAGAGUUGUUGCUCUAGAAAAGGCAAGCUUCCACAAGCAGCCAUCAGUUAAUGACCAGAUCAUUUGUUUCUUUCCAUGUCAAAGUUAAUCCCACCCAGCUCUUCAGAAUAAUGUCUGGGCAUUUUAAUUGGCCUGACAGCAACCUUAAUUUUGGUGAGAGGGAGGUUAGUUAUGCAAUGCAGGCUGGAGUAACUCGCAGCAAGUCAGGCAGCAUCUGCGGAGAACCUGGAUAGGUGCCAUUUCGGGUCAGGACUCUUCUUCAGACUGAUUCAAGGGGAGGGGAAAAAAGAAAAAGCUGGGAGAGAGGAGAGGCAGGACGAAGUGUGGCAGGUGAUAGGCAGAUGGUUGGAACUAAGGCCAAAGAUUAAAAGGUGUCUGCCUAUCCAAACCCUCUCUCGCCCUUGUACUCAACACCUGUUAGGCUUUCUCCUGCCUCUUCUCUCUUCCAGCCUUCUAAUCACCCCCCCCCCCCCCCCCCCAUACAAUCAGUCUGAAGAAGGAUCCCAAUCCGAAACUUCACCUAUCCAUGUUCUCCACAGAUGCUGUCUGACCUGCUGAGUUAUUCCAGCAUUGUGUCUUUAUUUGUAAACCAGCAUCUGUCGUUCCUUGUUUCCACUUCUAAUCUUGGAUGUGGAGAAGCAGUUGGGAUGCAUCAGCUCAAGAUUUUGACCAAUAUUUAUCUCUCCCUAAAAACCAAGUCAAGUUAGCUGGCUGCUGUGGCCAAACUGGCAGCUCCUGCACCACAAACUGCCAAAUAAAGCAAUCAUUGGCUGUAACGCAUUCAGCACGCUCUGAAAGGGAUGUAAAAGAUGCUACAGGAAUGCUAGCUUGCCUUACUGUGUACCAAUUCCCUCGCAAUGUUUAAUGGCGGAGUUGAUCUGCUGCCACAGACCAAUCGCCUCGUGAUGUGAAGUCAGUUCUUUCUCGGCCGCUGUGAAACUGCCACUUGUGAACCUGACAACUCCUGAUUGUUCCCACUUAAAACUAUGGACUUUUUUUUUAAUGGCAUCAAAUUGUCUGUUGUCUCUGGCAAAGAAAUCUCCAAAGUUUCACUUUCCCACCGCUUCAGGGAUAGAUUACUGCAUCUGAUGGGUUUUGAAUUUAUCUAGAUUAAACUGGGAAUGGUGUUAAACCUCAGCUGCAGUACAAAUUGCCCCACCUUGUGUUGGUGCAGUGCAAUGAUUGAGACAGCACUUCAUUUUGACUUGUGAAAAUGACCUGAAAUUUAUUGUUGAUCCUUUUGGGCAGAGGCAGUCUGGCUCUGCUGCGUGUGAACCAUUUUUAAUAUGUAUAACUUGCUGCUAAAGCUUGCUGCUACACCUGAUCAGAAAUUGUUAUCUCUUGCUAUCGGGCAGCGACAGGGCAUGUCACUUCAUUCUGUCACGGCAAUUUAGAAUAUGUUUGUUGUCUUUUUAUGUAGUGCAUUGAUUCUGUGUUCUAGCUUAAACUAAUCCGGCUGCCCAAUAGUACUAGCGUUUGAUCUUAUGAGAGCCAGGAACUUGUGUCGGAGAGCAAAAAUCUGUUAACAGGAAAGUCUGGUUAAUGUCCCAUCAGCUUUGGAUAGUGGAUUAUGUUCUCAGAUGAUAACCAGUUAGUGCAUCCUGGUCACCUGGCAUGGUUUCAACAAAGGCUGCUCCACGUCUGCUAUUGUUGAUUCUUCAUUUUGUACCUAUUGAUUGGCAUGCAGCUCUGUGAACUAUACAUCCAACACGAGAUGUAACUUUUUAAACCACGAUUGUGUUUGACUAGUAAUGGCUUGUAGUAAGUAGCAAGAGGUCUUGAUUGUUCCCUUCAAUUGAAGCUGUUAAAGGCCUGUCCCACUUGGCCGUCAUCGGCGCGUAAAUUACGCGACAUCGUAUACACGUCACGACGUGACAUGCACGCAUGGUGCGCGAUGACAUAGGCAGACGCUGCAGGAUUUUGUGAUGUAGCGCAAAUGACGGCCAAGUGGGACAGGCCCUUUAAUCACUACCUGUAGAACAAUGGCAUGGCUAAGGACACUGCCACUCAUUUUAAUCAAACUGGUUGCUUACUUGAGAUCUUUAAUGGCACCCCCUCCCCUCCAAAAAUAAAGAUACAAGGCCAGAGUAGUGGUUUCACAGCGAAGUAGAAGGUUCUCGGAGGUUCUCGUAGGUUGUAGCCGGUGUUGACCAGUGGAUUUCAUUGGCUCUUUGGGAAUGAAAAGGUAUGUAGUAGUUUUCAGAACCAAGGAUAACCGACCGGUAAUGUUAAAUGUCCGCUGAGUUUCACAGACGUGUAUCUCUAGCUUCUUAAAAGUUGUCUCCACUCCUUCCCUCCCCCCCCCCC